GUGGUGAUGGGGCGAGGUGGUGAUGGGUCGGGUUGGUGAUGGGGCGAUGCGGCGAUUGUUAAAUUCCCGCGCAGAGCGCAUCCCUCGCCUCUCGAGGGCUGCGCGUGGACUGCACCACAGACGGCCCUGGCUGGGGGUGCGCUGUCUAGGAGGCGAGGAGCAGGGCAGGGCCAUUCUCGGGGCAUCGCGAAGCGGCGGGGGGAAGUCGUCACGAGUGUGGGCGAGACCCUCGCGAUUGGGAGAGACGCGGAGGAGCCAUCGCGAGCCGAGUCGCUCGCAAGUUGCCGUGGCACUGCUGCCCUUCCACUCUCCGCGCCGCAGUAGCACGGAGCAGCGUCCCGCGCCCUUCUAGGGGCAUAGCGAACGCUGGGGGCAGCGUGAGGUUGUGUUGGGUCGUGUGGUCUGUAGAACACGGGGUAGUGUGGGGUUGUGAGGUUUGUAGGACGCGGGGCAGUGUUGGGUUGUGAGGUCUGUAGGACACGGGGCAGUGUGGGAUCGUGAGGUCUGUAGGACGCGGGGCAGUGUGGGGUCGUGAGGUCUGUAGGACGCGGGGCAGUGUGGGGUUGUGAGGUCUGUAGGACGCGGGGCAGUGUGGGGUCGUGAGGUCUGUAGGACGCGGGGCAGUGUGGGGUUGUGAGGUCUGUAGGACGCGGGGCAGUGUGGGGUUGUGAGGUCUGUAGGACGCGGGGCAGUGUGGGGUUGUGAGGUCUGUAGGACACGGGGCAGUGUGGGGUUGUGAGGUCUGUAGGACACGGGGCAGUGUGGGGUUGUGAGGUCUGUAGGACACGGGGCAGUGUUGGGUCGUGAGGUCUGUAGGACACGGGGCAGUGUUGGGUCGUGAGGUCUGUAGGACGCGGGCAGUGUGGGGUUGUGUGGUCUGUAGGACACGGGGCAGUGUUGGGUCGUGUGGUCUGUAGGACGCGGGGCAGUGUGGGGUCGUGUGGUCUGUAGGACACGGGGCAGUGUUGGGUCGUGUGGUCUGUAGGACGCGGGGCAGUGUGGGGUCGUGUGGUCUGUAGGACGCGGGGCAGUGUUGGGUCGUGUGGUCUGUAGGACGCGGGGCAGUGUGGGGUCGUGAGGUCUGUAGGACGCGGGGCAGUGUGGGGUUGUGAGGUCUGUAGGACGCGGGGCAGUGUGGGGUUGCGGGUGGUGGAGGCAGGAGCGCGACCGCCGCCUUCUCGACCCUCGGAGCCCCGGGCCGUGGAGCGGGGCCAUGGGACAGCUCUGCUGCGGCUGCGUCGGGGAGACCGAGGCUGAGACAGGUGGAUGGCAAUCCCAGAAAUCCGCAGAGGACACGACGCUGGCGAGCGUGAGCCGGCGCGUCGUCGAGACGGCCAUCAGCCGCGCGGUGCAGCAGUACCUGCGGGAGAGCACGACGGAGCCCCGCCCUGCGAGCCGCGCCCGCGACAGACUCGGCGACCCCGCGCCCGACCCCGCGCCGCACGAAGACAACGCAGCCGUCGCCGACGCGCGCGAGCUCAGGGCGCACGCGAAUUAACUCCCGAGCGCUUCUCGGCGUCGUGACCUUCCCGACCCCCUCGGCGAUGACCGCCGCUGGCGACGCACCAACGCUGCGGAGCGAAGUACGCCGCGGCCUGUCGGCUAUCGGACUGUUAUCGAUCCUUCUCCCUAUGCGGUAUGGGUUGACAUUCCGCGGAGAGGCGUGCAGCAUUGUAACAGAUAGCGCAGGGGCUGUUUUUUGUCUCGGGGAGAAGUCAAACGUUCCUCAAAAGCUCACCCAGCAACGUUGCGGGGAUCGUAUUUACGAGCUGAUCGCACAUGCACGAUUCAACACCAUGAACCGUACACCACAGCGUAGCGAGCGAUGCAGCGUUAAAAAAGCUACUCCGGUCAACUCUUUGAGCUGUCCGUGAGUGCAUUGCUGGCUCCAUGACGGAGCCGCUCUUCACAGGCACGUGACUCGGUGCCCGCGUGAGCAGAAUGAAGCUGACCAAUUUGUCGCAAUAGAAACACGCAGGGCAUUCGAAGUAUCCAUGCCACCCUCUCCCCCCCCUCCCGUUCUGCUUGGGUAUAAACAAUAUCUGUGUUUAGUGGAGUCUGAUUAACCUACCGUUUUGCAUUAUUCGUGUUUCGCUUCAUCUGGGCCACCACCACCCCCCACCCCCUAUCACCCCGAAUGACAGAGAGAUCAUGUAUUGUGAAAAAUUACGUAACCAGUGUUUAUCUGUAGAAAAAAAAACUCAACACGCUCGUCAACAGCACUGUGGCCUUAAAGGAAAAAUAUAUAAUCGGCGACGUUUUGGGCAAUGGCCCAACUUCAUAGCGCAUUGCCCUAAACGUCGCCGAUUACAAACGUCGCUGAUUGUUUAAAUCUAUAAUUAUACUACUAAUGUAUAAUUAUACAUUCUUGUAAAGUCAUACCUGUCAACCCCUUAGCAGUGCCUACCUUAUUACAGGCCAAUUCAGACCUUAUUGGUCACUCCGUGCCCCUUAUCAAUCUCAACGUUCAUCCUACAAAGUCGCAACACGAGGGAGAAACACAAAACAAAAAUGUUGCCCGUAUUGAAACGGCUGUACGCCGUAUGGACCUGAAAACUCAAAUUUCCCAGUACAAGAAUACGGGGUAAACCAUAUGGGUUGGCAGGUAUGUGAAGCAGCGUUGUUGACGCAUGUUGUACAGCAUCUUAUUGAUUGUGCACCACUCGAAACGUAGCAGCAGUAUCACCAAAUAAAGUGCUUGCCCGUGUACGCUUUUAACGACCACGAUCUGAAACGUACAGUCGAGUAUGCCACAGUGUUGCACCGUCGAUGUAUCAUCAUCAUCAUUAUUAUUCAGCUCUCAUUUGUACGCUACCGUCACGAUCUGCGGAGCAAUAAUCAUCGGCGAGCACUGGUGCGAUAGACUCCGGAGGCUGUUGCGUCAGUGGAAGGAAAUCGCAUUGAUUACAGUUGCUCAUAUCCUCUUAAUGGGUCACGUGAUGAAGCAUUCGUGCCUGAUAAAGAAACGUCGUUUUCGUUUUAUAACUCUCCGACUCCCAGUUACCGGCUGGCAUUUGGUUGCGCGGUGAAUCGUAGCCGCCGUGUCUGCCUGGCGUUCGAGAGAGACGCGACGAGUCGUGUGAAACAACGACCCCAGACGUUUGAGUCUUGACCGUUGUGAAAUAACAGACCGCAGUAUGAAUCAUAAUACGUAAACCAACAUCGGAAU